GAUGUGUCCAUUGACGUCACAGCGUCCUACGCUGACAAGAAACUCUUCCUGCAGGGUAACCGGUCAGAAGUCUCUGUGUUACAAGCUGAGCUGCUCAUACAAAAUCAAAGGCUGUCAGAUGAUGUACAGUCGGAGUUUGUAAGAGAAGCUGUGGAGAAGAUCGGCGUUCCUAAAGUCCUGUCUGUUCUGGAGGUCGAGCUCACCAGGCUGCUCAACAAACAGGGAGUUCACUUAUUUGACAUCUUGAACCCUGAGGUGCUUCCUCGGGAUGGUUACGUCUUGAUUCAGAUGGAUUUCGGUUUCCCUCAUCACCUCCUGGUUGAGUUCCUCAGGAAGACAAUGCAGGAAAUGGGCAACAAUUCAGACCUGUGAGCCAGAUUUCAUGUUAGUGGCUUGCAUGACAUUUCAAAUAUAUAAAAUUUACCUUUCACAGUGAUAAUCAUCACGUUUUUAUAGCCACAGAAAACAUGCUCUGUUGCAUUGUAGUCGCAUAUUUUGAUUUUGACCAUUUUUAUGUAUUUUAACCAUCAUGUUUAGUUAUAAGAACUUGCUGGGCUCUUUUUGUAAACAAGCUUGUUCUCAUUUCCACUGAUGACUCACUGUGAUGAGUGCAUGGCACCAAAUUUAGAAUCGGAUAAAACAUGCAAGUGUUCAUUUUUAAAUGUGUAAAAUGUGUAAAUCACUCACUUUAUUUUUUUGGUUAUGUAAAGAUAGAGACUAAGCAUUUUUUUAUAUAUAUCAACAGAUAUGUAUAUUUAUCCUUUGUUCUUUGUGGGGUUUGGGGGUGACUAAGGAAGGUUUUUCUUUAUAUUAUAAAUGAUAAUAAUUUCAGUUUUGUAAAUGCAAAAUUUGUUAAAGUACAAAUGAUUCCGUUGACAUCAGUUGUAUCAAUCUCACUUUAAAUCACUGACAAACAAAAAGCACAGAAAGGCACAGAAAUGCUCAUUUAAAUGAAAAUAAAAUUAGUGACUAUC